AUGCCUGCUGAAGUGAAAGAGGAGCAGAGUUCAGAGGGUCCUCCUCCACUAUCUUUGCCCCAGGAGGUCAAAGAGGCCCCUCUGGACAACCCAUCCACUAACGACGAACUGGACACGCCCACCUCCAUCGCCUCAGUGAUGACCUCGACCAAUGAGAGCUCCACGGAGACCGACACCCCACUGCAGACAGACACUGAGGAGUCCAAGGCUGUGGAACAAGAGGGAGAACAGGCCCUGAGUGAGACCCAUGAGUCCACAGAGACACAACUGGUGAACCUCCAGACAUCAGAUGCACCUGAUCUUGUGUCGACUCCAGUUGUUCAAGAUAACGCUCCUCUUGAGCAAACUGUUCCUGAAGCAAACACUGAACCCUCUGAGUCUGUUACACCAACUGCAAUGACCAGCAGCACCACCACAGCACCCCCACAACCUCAGGUGGUUCUGCAGCCUGGGGAGCCUCAGCCAGUGAAUCCAGACAGCCAGAGCAGAGUGUACACCCUGCCUGACAGCUACAGAGGCAUUGGGGGUGACUUAUGUGCUGGGUAUGGAAGCCUGUCCCGCGCCACCCUCCAUAGCUACUGGCCUGCCAAAAACUUCCAGCCUGGGGCUCACUACACCUUACCCUUCCUCAGGGACAGCUUUGCUCCGGCGGGACUCAGCAGUCAGACAGAGGAGGAUGCCCUCUGCCAAAGGGGAGAAAACCCUCUGGACAUGAAGACUGACCACCCAACGGCUAGUUACCCAACGCUGGGGGGGAUCCACCAGUUCAGGCCAAUUACCACCAUGGAGCUCCUCAGAGAGCCCUCAAGAACCAGAGGUGGCUAUGAUGAUGCCUUCAUGGCCCAGCUGGAGGGGAACCUGAAUCCUUUUUUCCAGGCCAUGUGCAGAGCUCAGACCCUGCAGUUCCCUCACAAACGCAGCAGCAUGGUCAGCCUGGACAGCAUCCGCAGAGAUCCGCGCUGGAGAGACCCCAACCUGCAUGAGGUUAUCUCGAUGCUCAGCCACCCAAUGGACCCUGUCAAGUCCAAUGCAGCUGCUUAUUUGCAACACCUGUGUUAUGAAAACGAUCGCAUCAAGCAGGAAGUUCGCCAGCUUGAUGGGGUCCCGAUCUUAGUGGAAUUGCUGGACCACCCCAAAGCUGAGGUCCACCGCAAGGCCUGUGGUGCUUUGCGCAACAUUUCCUUUGGAAAAGACCACAAUAACAAAAUGGCCAUCAAGAGCUGUGAUGGCAUACAAGCUUUAGUCAGACUGCUGAGGAAGUCCAGCAGCAUGGAGGUCAAAGAGUUAGUCACAGGCACUUUGUGGAACCUCUCCUCACACGAGCCUCUGAAGAUGAUGGUCAUCAACAACGGGCUUCAAACACUGACUGACGAAAUCAUCAUCCCACAUUCAGGCUGGAGGAGAGACUCAUCUGACCCUUCCAAAAUUCAGAGCGCUGAGUGGACCACGGUCUUCAAGAACACCUCAGGAUGUCUGAGGAACGUCAGCUCAGAUGGAGCAGAGGCUCGACAGAGGUUGAGGGAGUGUCAGGGGCUGGUGGACGCUCUCCUUCAUGCUCUUCAGUCAGCUGUUGUCAACAAGGAUACUGACAAUAAGUCAGUGGAGAACUGCGUCUGUAUUCUGCGAAACCUGUCCUAUCACGUACACAAAGAAAUACCAGGAGCUGAGCGAUUUCAGGAGCCCCAUGCCAAUCAUCUGAUGAGGUCAGUAGGGCACCAAAAGAAGAAGAAUGAGCCUGACUGUUUUGGCGGGAAAAAACCCAAAGAGGAGUGGUUCAAUCAAGGUUGGAAAAAUGGAUUUAUGGACAGAAAAUACGGUACAUUGGAUUUACCAAAACGUUCAGAACAAAUGAAAGGAUUGGAGCUGCUGUACCAGCCUGAGGUGGUGAGACUCUACCUCUCUCUCCUCACCUGCAGUCACAACCACAACACCCUGGAGGCGGCUGCUGGAGCGUUGCAGAACCUUGCUGCGGGACACUGGGCCUGGUCCAGCUACAUCCGGGCCACUGUGAGAAAAGAGAAAGGGCUGCCUAUUCUGGUGGAGCUGCUGCGCUCAGAUGUGGACAAAGUGGUGCGAGCUGUGGCCAUUGCCCUUCGCAACCUGGCCAUGGACAGAAGGAAUAAAGACCUAAUAGGGAGUUAUGCUUUGAGGGACCUUGUUGGUAAUCUGCCAUGUGGGCAGCAGCACCCAGCGAAGAAUCUUGAGGGAGACACGGUGGUGUCUAUUCUGAAUACUAUCCAUGAGAUCAUCACAGACAGUCCAGAGAAUGCCCGAGCGCUCAUACAGGGUCAUGCUGUGCAGAAGCUCGUGGCCAUCAACAAGUCCAGCCAAUCAGUGCGGGAAACCAAGGCAGCUUCCCAUGUGCUCCAGACAAUAUGGGCCUACAAGGACCUCAGAAACACUUUGAACAAGGCAGGCUGGAACAAGAGCCACUUUAAGCCAACAACCACAGGAGUGACUAAAAAGUCCAAGAGUGGAAAGCAAGGCAGCGAUGACAUCACCUUGCCUCUCAUGGACAAAAACCAAGAUGUAUAUUCCAGCUUAGAGCCAAAUGAUAGAGUUGGGGAGGGAAAAGGGCCUGUUGUGGAAAGAGAUGCUCUCCAGGCGAUAAGUGAAAGAAAACACUUCAUCAGAGCUGGCAGGCCUGCAGUGGGCCUCAUGGAUAACAAACCUCCACCACUGGACUCCUGGGUGUAA